UAGGCAUGCCGGGAAUGGUAGUUCUCUGGCGCUUCUCCCGGUGGCGGGGCUGCUCGUGGCGUUUAAGAGGGGGGGUUCCUGGCCGUGGUGAUCCUGACUGUGCCAGAAGGGCGCAUCUAGGGCCUAUAUCCUCGAGACCGCUCGUGUUGAGGGCGGCGGGAGCUAGCGCCGGCGUCGGCACACUUUGUCAGCACUCCGCUCUCCUUUGGCAGGAAAACUAAGAAGGGAAAUGGCUGUGGAUUUGCUGGCUGCUCGGGGGACAGAGCCCGUGACGUUCAGGGAUGUGGCCGUGUCCUUCAGCCAGGACGAGUGGUUGCACCUGGACUCUGCACAGAGAAGCCUGUACCGCGAGGUGAUGCUGGAGAACUACAGCAACCUGGCCUCGCUGGGGUUUCAGGCUGCAGUACCUCGGGUGAUUGGCAAGCUGCAGCAAGGACAGGAUCCGUGCAUGGAAAGAGAAGACCCCGAAGACAGCUGCCUGGAUUUCCAGAUUUGGCCAGAGAUAGAAGCGUUGCCUCUCAAGCAAGACAUUUUUAUUGAAGAAACAUCUCCUGGGAUAAUAAACAAUGGCUCUAUUGAGUGUGCUCACUGGAAAACCAACUUUGGAGAAGUUGUGAAAUCUGAAAGCCUAGUAACACAGGAGCCAGAAAAGAAAGUUCAUGAGCAGGGGGCAGCUUCACCCAAGGAAACCACCAAUGAAGAUGGAGACCCCACAGGCGCUGAGCUGGGGAAGCCCUUGGUUAUAGAUAAAGUGCUUGUCUCACAGGAGAAUGAUCCCAUGGAAAGGGUGCCUGGUAUGUAUCACACCUCAGAGAAAGAGUCACCACGGGACUUUGAUUUAAUGAGAAGCUUCCAGAUUUACCCGGGACAGAAACCCUAUGUCUGUGGGGAGUGUGGGAAGCGUUUUACCCAAAGUCUUCAUCUUCUCGAGCACCACCGGAUUCACACUGGGGAGAAGCCUUACAAGUGCAGUGAGUGUGGGAAAAGCUUCAGCCAUAGGUCUUCCGUUCUGGCUCACCAGAGAACCCACACUGGAGAGAAGCCGUACAAAUGUAGUGAGUGCGAGAAGGCGUUCGGCAGCAGUUCCACACUCAUCAAACACCUGAGGGUGCACACUGGCGAGAAGCCUUACCGUUGCCGGGAAUGUGGGAAGGCCUUCAGCCAGUGUUCAACCCUCACUGUGCACCAGAGGAUUCACACUGGGGAGAAGCUCUAUAAGUGUGCUGAGUGUGACAAGGCCUUUAACUGCAGAGCAAAGCUCCACAGACAUCAGAGAAUCCACACCGGUGAGAAACCCUACAAAUGUGCCGAGUGUGGGAAAGGCUACAGCCAGUUUCCAUCCCUAGCUGAGCACCAGAGACUCCACACGGGGGAACAGCUUUGCCAGUGCCUGCAGUGCGGCAGAACCUUUACAUGUGUCUCCACCCUUAUUGAUCACCAGAGAAUUCAUACUGGACAGAAACCAUAUCAAUGCAACGAAUGUGGGAAGACCUUCAACCAGUAUUCCUCCUUCAAUGAACAUCGGAAGAUUCAUACCGGGGAGAAACUGUACACGUGUCAAGAAUGUGGGAAAGCCUUUGGCUGUAAAUCAAACCUUUAUCGGCAUCAGAGGAUCCACACUGGAGAGAAACCCUAUCAGUGUAACCAGUGUGGCAAGGCCUUCAGCCAGUACUCAUUCCUAACCGAACACGAGCGAAUCCACACUGGGGAGAAGCUCUACAAGUGUAUGGAGUGUGGGAAAGCCUACAGCUAUAGGUCAAACCUUUGUAGACACAAGAAAGUCCACCUUAAGGAGAGGCUCUACAAGUGGAAAGAGUACGGGGCACCUUUCAUCUAUGGCUCCUCCAUUACUCCCUAUCAGAGAUUUCUGAAGGAAGAUGAGCCUGAGGACUUGAGUUCAUCCCUCUAA